AUGUCCCACAGGAAGUUCGAAGCCCCCCGCCACGGGUCUCUGGCCUUUUUGCCGCGAAAGCGCGCCGCCCGUCACCGGGGUAAGGUGAAGAGCUUCCCCAAGGAUGACCCCAAGAAGCCCGUCCACCUCACAGCGGCCAUGGGCUACAAGGCCGGCAUGACCACCAUUGUCCGCGACCUCGACCGACCAGGUGCGAAGUUGCACAAGAAGGAGAUCGUCGAGGCCUGCACCGUCAUCGAGACCCCUCCCAUGAUCGCUGUCGGUCUUGUCGGCUACAUCGAGACUCCCCGUGGUCUCCGCUCGCUCACCACCGUCUGGGCUGAGCACUUGAGCGACGAGGUCAAGCGCCGCUUCUACCGCAACUGGUACAAGAGCAAGAAGAAGGCCUUCACCAAGUACGCCAAGAAGCACUCGGAGAGCAACGGUCAGUCAAUUACCCGCGAGCUCGAGCGCAUGAAGAAGUACUGCACCGUCAUCCGCGUCCUCGCCCACACCCAGAUCUCAAAGACUCCUCUCAAGCAAAAGAAGGCCCACCUCAUGGAGAUUCAGAUCAACGGUGGCAGCAUCGCCGACAAGGUCGAGCACGGCCACGGACUGUUCGAGAAGCCCAUUGAGAUCAGCUCUAUCUUCGAGGCCAACGAGAUGAUUGACGUUAUCGCCGUCACCAAGGGUCACGGAUACAACGGUGUCACUUCCCGAUGGGGCACCAAGAAGCUUCCCCGUAAGACACACAAGGGUCUCCGCAAGGUCGCCUGUAUCGGUGCCUGGCACCCGGCCCACGUACAAUGGACUGUUGCCCGUGCUGGUCAGAUGGGUUACCACCACCGUACCUCGGUCAACCACAAGAUCUACCGUAUUGGUAAGGCCGACGACGAGGGUAACGCCUCAACCGAGUUCGACGUUUCCAAGAAGCGCAUCACACCCAUGGGUGGCUUCGUCCGCUACGGUGAGGUCAAGAAUGACUUUGUUCUCCUCAAGGGUAACUGCCCUGGUGUCAAGAAGCGCGUCAUGACCCUGCGCAAGUCCAUGUUCACCCACACCAGCAGGAGGGCACUGGAGAAGGUCGAGCUCAAGUGGAUCGACACCUCUUCCAAGUUCGGUCACGGUGCAUACCAGACACCGGCGGAGAAGAGGCAGUACGAGGGUGUCCUCAAGAAGGACCUCCAGUCCUCGUCUUAGAGGGCUUGAGGUGGUGGUACGGAGUGCAUGCUUUCUUCACAUGGGCUUUGGCGCUCGGGAUAGGUCUAUAACAUGGAUGCCAGUCAUGAGCGAUUGAACAAAAAUUCAACGAUUCCCCAAUUCAA